UGAAUGCAAUUACUGAAAUAAAUCAAGUUUUUCAAAAUAUUCUAAUUUACUGGCUUUUACCUGUAUAUACUCUAUUAGCCACAACACAACCAGGCUUAUAUUUAAUAUGCCACAAAUUAAUCCUGCAUAACAAACACCUCCCCCCUCCCGUCCAUAUACCCGCCAAUACAACUCAAACACCUGCACAACACACUCAAUCCCACAGCCCAAAGUACCGUUCACCUCCCCAAAGUUCAUACAGCACAUAUAUUUCCCCAAAGUCCCCAAAGUUACGCACGUACGGGCAAGCGAUCAAAUGUUUGGAAGCCGCAGCUGCAUGCUUACUCACGGUAUCGUGUCUGCGUAUCCAACUGAAAGUCCUCCUGGUAAGAGUCUCUGUUGUCCCAGCCCAGUUCUCCACAGGCCAAUGGUAUAGCUUGACUGUCAUCUUUCGGGAAUGUAAACAAUGAAACACCGGCCGUGUUUGUGUUGCUGAAGUCGGCCGCAAUACGCCGCUUCCCACCUACAGCUUUCUUCUUUGCUUCUUUGCUGUCUCCAUUGUUCAUUGAACAAAUUGCAAAAGAUUCACCAACACAGAUGUCCAGAAUACUGUGGAAUUUUGCGAUGAAAACAGACGACUUAAUAACUGGCCACCAUGCUGUCCCAAAAUGUCCUCUACAAUCCGCGACGUCACGUGCUAACGUCAUCAUACCGAGACAUUUUCAGCAGGAUAUUUCGCGCAAAAUUUAAAAUUGCACUUUAGUAAGCUAACCCGGCCGUAUUGGCAUGUGUUGCAAUGUUAAGAUUUCAUCAUUGAUACAUAAACUAUCAAACUGCGUGGUCGGUAGUAGUGGGUUUCAGCAGGCCUUUAAUGGGGACAUCGCUCUGUUUACACAGUCAUCUUUAGGGGACCUCUGACGGUAUGGGGACAAAAAAACAGGUCCCCUAAAGGGAAACCUUUUUAAAUGAUAGUCAGAUCCAUUCUGACGAUGCCUAAGUGAUUUUUAUUACAUUUUUACAUUAUUACCUUAAAGUAUGAUUCACAUUCAGAAUUUUCCAUCCUCCUAUAUAUGGUAGUUGGAGUUGCAGACAACUUCAUUACUGCUAAAUAGCAGUUUUCAGUAAUGUCACAGAUGAUGCAGGAUUUGCUUUAACAUUUAAGUGGUGAAACUUCCUAUCAGAGGACAGGAUCAUGUCAUAUUUAAUUUGAACUUUUUUUUUUUUUAAAUGGUCCUCAGUAGUCACGUACACAUUGGUGUGAAUUAUGAAAAAUUAUUUAAAUUUGGUGCCCAUGAACCAUAUUAACUCUUUUUUCCCAGGGUUCCCAGUAAGAAUGAUCAGCACAUUACUUCAUCAAUCCAGAGAUUUAAAGACGUGUAUGAGCUAACUGGGCAGUGGCCAUUUGACCUCAUUUUUUUUAUGCCUCCACAACCUGUAGAAAGGGUGGUCCCCAAUUGGUCCCCAUUCCAAAUGAUAACCAGUGUGUGUGUGUGUGUGUGUGUGUGUGUGUGUGUGUGUGUGUGUCUACCAAACUGUCGGCAUGGUCUGAGAGCAGCUGUGUGUACACAAAUACGCCAUUCUUGCCUGCAUAUCAUCAUGCAGUCUUUUGUUUUGGAGGGCCUUUUGAUGAUAGACUGACACUACUCGCUUGUUAUUCAUGAAAGAUGUGAUUGCAUCUCUUCUCUCAGCCACUUGUGUUUCAUAUAGUGUCAGAAUCAGUGCGUUAUGUUCCCAGGGAAGUUUGCAUUUUGAUCAUGACAAGUGUUGUUAAUCGUGCGGGACAAAUAUAUACACAAAUGUAUAACUCGUGAUCUAUUUUGCACAUUAUUUUCAUGCAGUUUGUCGUAAAAAAAAAAAAUUGGAUACCGCUGUAAAUCUAAUUGUAAUUAUGUAAAUAAAUAAUAGUGUUUUGUAAAUCGGUUUUCUUGUGUAGUUCCCUUUGCUUCCUUGCAGUGGCGUGUAACGACCACCAGAUAGCAGCAUUUCUCCGGUGCCGUGACCAGCUUGAUUGACAAGGAGUUUUCUGUCCAGAGCAUGCGGAGAGGAUCUCGCCCUCGUACCUCUGCAGAGAGGAGGAGCUGGUGGAGAGAGCAGCAGCCGGAAUGAUGGAGAUGAAGAGAGAAUCUUUCCAUCAGUAUGGAUCCCUGGAGCGCACGCCGUGGAGCAGAGACAACAACAAAGCAGAGGACGACGUGGUGUCCAUGGCAGACUCCAGCCUCACUGCAGACGAUAUCGAGGGCGAACUCUUCAAGAUCGAGAGGAUUCGAGAUGUUCUGGUCCGCAGGGAGUCAGAGCUCAGAUACAUGAUGGAUGACAUUCAGCUGUGCAAGGAGAUUACUCGACUCAAAAAGGAGCUGCACAAAUUAGUGUCCCUGCCAGAUAAGGACAAGUCCAAGGAGGACCGGCAAAAGGAAGAGGAACUUCUGCAGCAAAUCCACAAACUGGUGGAAACCAGAGAUUUCCUUGUGGAUGAUGUUGAGUUUGAAAGACUCCGGGAGAAGGAAGAAGAUAAAGAAAUGGCUGACUUUCUGAGGUCGAAAUUUCCAAGACACCUGCAGAAAACAGGGCAAGGCCGGCCGGCAGGAGGCCACGGGGAAGACCCAGGACACAUUGGGAAGACUAUCAUUCAAGUACCUUGGGGUGUGGGUGGACACUAAGCUGGACUGGACUGUUAACACAGACCACUUGUACAGGAAAGGACAGAGCUGUACUUCCUGAGGCGGCUGCCCUUUGUCCCACACGCCAUUAGACUGUACAACUCUUCUCUGGGGGGAGGGGGGCUACUAGGAUGACAGGGGAUGCAAAUCAAUAAGAGUGCAAUAUUUUUUCAAAACAUGGUCACUACUGCCUAGUUUCUCUUGUUAUAUUCUUAUUUUACUGUUAUAUUUUUAUUCUCAUUGUUGCUUUUUAUUUUUAUUCUAUUGUAAUAUGUUUCUAUUUUGUUUCAAUUUAUACCUCCAUUAUUUACUUUUCACUUUUUACAAUUUUGUACACUACUGCUGGAAUUUAAAUUUUCCUGAGGGAACUCUCCUGAAGGAAUCAAUAAAGUACUAUCUAUGUAUCUAUCUAUUUAUGUCUCCUGGCUGGCCUGUAAAUGCCUCGGGAUCCCCCGAGAAGAGCUGGACAAAGUGGCUGGGGAGAGGAAAGUCUGGGCUUCUCUGCUUAGGCUGCUGCCCCCGCAACCUGACCUCGGAUAAGCAGGAAGAAAAUGGAUGGAUUUAGUAUUUCAGUUAUACUGUCA